UUGGAUGAUUCUACUAAUUUUUCGGCAAAAAUACUGUGUAUUUCUUUACACAAUUUUAUGUAACACUAUAUAUUUACUUGAUUUUAUAUGAUUCAGCUUAUAAAUUGUUAUUUCUGAAAAGAAUUUGUUUUCCAUCUAUGGUCUGGCCAAAAAUAGAUGCAGGCUCAUUGUUUAUAUGUUGUGGAGGCUAACUAACUAGCGUAUGACUAGUACUUGCAUAGUUGAGUGUCAACAAGAAAAAAGGAAGGAACUUAUAACCGCUUUAUCCUUUUUUCUUAUUUACAUUGCAUUUCCACUAUAAAAAAAAAUGGAUAUCUUUUUUGAGAAGAACUUACAAAGUCUAAUGGAGACGAUGGAGCAACAAAGACAUUCACUCUCUUCAGUGCCUAUGCUCUCUAGGCUUGAUCACUUAGAUUUCGUUACAAAUAAUCUAGAAAGACAACAAAACCUUGCCAAAUGGAAAGGCGAAAGCUCAUCUAUUACACGCGGAUUAAUUGAUAGGGGCAUGAUGGUGAGAGAAGCUCAUUUUAAAGGAUCGUUACUUGACAGAAUCGCUACUCUAGAGACCAGGCUUUUCCAGUUGGAAUCUAGUAAUGCAUCUUCUACUUCAAUUGGGGAGUCCGGUGAAACAUCAAGCCAGAGGAUUAAGAGAGAUUUGACAAAGACAUUACCCAUUUUCAAUAGCAACAUUAAUCCUUUUCAUACUCCCUUGCAACAUCCACAAGACCCUAGGGAGACUGAAACGAAGAUUAAAAAAGAGACAGAGAAGGAGAUAAAUAUUGAGAAAUCAUUACUGGAGAAUAAGAAGAAGAACUUUGCUAAUGAAACUUGCAAGCCAAAGAAGAAGACAAAAUCUCCUAAGAAAUGGUCUCGAUGUAACUUAUUGGGUUGCUAAACCACGCGGUCGGAUGGUCAAGGUGUUCUGUGGAUCUUCAAGGGAUCCGAAUUCGAAUCCGCACCACACUAGAUUUCUACAGCGUGUGGCUAUCGAAGCUUUUACAUUCUCUCUCCGAAGAAUGGUUUACCAUUUUUUUAUUGGGUUGCUAAUCUAUUUUCUUGGGACGGCAUUAUUUCAUAUUUCAUUUGAACCUAAGUUCUCCUU